AUGUCCCAGGGAGGCAUCGAUUUCAACUCGGCACCAAGUAGAACCGUCUACUUAGGUAACGUGCCGGGUUACAUCACCCCAAAGGAGCUGUUGGACCAUGUCAGAUCUGGUGUUAUCGAGAGUGUUCGUUUCCUUCCAGAAAAGAUGUGUGCAUUCAUUUCAUUUCUGGACGAGUCCAGUGCCUUGCUGUUCCACUCUGACGCCACUUUGAGAAGGCUAACCAUCAAAGAUAACGACAUCAAGAUCGGAUGGGGUAGAAACAUCCCAAUAAACCCGAUGGUUUUGAGCAGGGUUCAAAGAGAUGGUGCCACCAGAAACGUCUACAUCGGGAACCUCACAAAGGACAUCACAGAGGCCAAAUUGGACAAAGACAUGCAACAGUUUGGCGUCAUUGAUACUAUAAAGAUCAUCCCUGAAAAGAAGAUUGCGUUUGUCCAUUUCUGCUCAAUUGCCUCUGCUAUCAAAUGUGUGUCCACUUUAACUACCAAGAUGCCUGAACAGUACGGCAAGAUGAGAAUCUUUUACGGGAAGGACCGUUGUGCAUUCAUAACAAAGACUCAGCAGCACAACGCUGCUCAAUACUUGGGACUUGCACCGGGGAUGGAGCAUCUAGUGACGACAGCAGAUAGAGAAUUCAUAUCAUCAACGUUGCUAAAGCAAAGUGCCGCAGCAGCAGCGAUUGCUACCACAGCUGGUGGUGCAAACAAUCUGGGUAACAGAACCAUCUAUUUGGGCAACUUGCCAAAGAAUGCCAAACUAGACGAGAUCUGUAACACCAUCCGUGGUGGGUUGCUGGAACACGUUAAGUAUUUCCCUCUACGUCAUGUUUGCUUUGUCACUUUCAUCGAUCCAAUUGCAGCUGCCCAAUUCUACGCAAUGUCACAACUCCACGGGCUCUCUUUAUACAUGAAGAAGAUCAAAGUCGGCUGGGGUAAACACUCUGGACCUCUCUCUGUUGAGUUGACGCUUGCAGUCAGUUCUGGUGCCUCGAGAAACAUCUACAUCGGUAACAUUGACGUUGCAGACCCUAAGUUCUCCGAGGAAGCACUGAGAAAGAGAUUCGAGGAGUUCGGCACCGUGGAACAGAUCAACUAUCUAGCUGAUAAGAACUGUGUCUUUGUCAACUUUGCCAACAUUUCCAACGCCAUCGUGGCCAUCGACAAGAUCAAAUUGGAUCCAGAUUUCAAAGAUCUAAAGAUCAACUUUGGUAAGGAUAGAUGUGGCAACAUCCCAAGACAGUUUGUCAGAAAGUCGCUCUAA